ACUUUUUAGCUGUUGAUGUGGUUUGAGCUGUGCUGCUUCUGUUUUGCCUGGUGUGGUUCUGUGUAGCUUAGCAGCCUGGUUCUGCUUAAUUCAUGUUGCAGACUGCUCUUUAUAUUUACCUGAUAUUCACACAGUGUAAGGCAUGAGAGCAUGACAGGUUGUACGAACUGCCUGAGAGCACACAAGUGACUUCUUGAUGCAAAUACUGAUAAUAAUAACAGCCAUGUAAUUUGAUGGAAGAGUGAUUUAGCUUUGUUGAUUGAUGUGAAUGUCAUACAUCAUUUCCCUUGUGUUACACAAAGCAAAGCCCUAUAGUUUUUCAACUUUAUUUACUAUUUGCCUUCAUGAUUUCAUUAAAAAUAAUUUCCUCAAAAAAAAUACAUACAGCAGUUCAAUCAGCUAUUUCUCUUCUUUCAUGUUAUUGGACUGUAAAGCAGUUACCCUGCUGUACUAAUGCCAUGAAAUGUUUAUGUGCAACAAUAUGGUAGUAAAGAAUUUCCACAAAGAUCUGAGAAUAACUACAUUCUAAUAAAUGAUAAAUGACAGGGGGUGGAUCUUAAUAUUUUCUGACUGUGGCUGAAAUAGUUGUAUCAUUCUUUAAAUGCUUUAUUGCUUUUUCACUUAUCAGGAAAACAAGCUUACAGUGUUGAGUUGUGGUUGAGCAGAGAAAUAUCACAGUGGUCACAGGCUGAGGUGGAGUAUCUGAUGGUGUGUGAUAAUACUAAAAUGACUGUACUCGGGACAAAGAAGACGUGCCUCCUCCUCUCCUUCCUCUGUGUUUUACUGCUGUGCCUUUUCAAUAUAUGGCUGAGAGGAUUCCAGGUUCUGACCACCAUAAAACCCUUUGACAUCCUUAACAGCAGCAGCAGCAACAACAGAAACGUGACCAUACUGCUGUGGUACUGGCCCAACAACAAACCAAUGAGCCUGGAGGGUGACGUGUGCUGGGACCUCUACCGCAUCCCUCGCUGUAAACUGGUGAACCAGCACUUUUUGUUCCCCUCAGCUGAUGUGGUGGUGUUCCACAACAGAGAGCUGAUGGAGGGAUCGCAGAAGCUGCCCUUAGACCUUCCACGGCCACAGGGCCAGAGAUGGGCCUGGAUGUCCUUCGAAUCCCCUGCUCACACUGGACACUUGCAGCAGUAUGCCAAUAUCUUCAACAUGACCAUCAGCUACAGGAGGGAUGCUGAUAUCACAGUACCCUAUGGUGAGCUGCUACCAAAGGAGGCUGGAGGACAUCUGGAGGAAGAUGUCCCUCUGAAUAAGAGCACUCUGGUUUGCUGGGUGGUCAGCAACUUCCACAACUAUCACAAGAGAACAGCAGUGUACAAAGAGCUCAAUGCUGUAGUUCCUGUGAAGGUUUAUGGGAAGUGGCCAGGGUCAGCCCUCUCUAAUGAAGCACUCUUACCCACAAUCUCUCAGUGCUACUUCUAUUUAGCUUUUGAGAAUUCAAUUGCUAAAGAUUAUAUCACAGAGAAGCUGUGGUGGAAUUCUUACAAAGGCGGGGCAAUACCUGUCGUCUUGGGGCCACCGAACAGUGAUUAAAACUGGAAACAACAGUGGAAAGCGCAAUUGUUCUCAGGCUGGAGAGAAAGACUAUGUAAAAUCUGUGUACAGUACAACAAUUUACCUCAGCACAAGGUUUACUCAGAUCUAGAGGCCUGGGACAAGGAUAAUACAUAUAAAGCUUCCAUUGGCAAAUUGUAAAUUGUACCACAUUUCUCCCAUUUGUGCACACCAUGUUCUAA